UGAUAUCAGUAACUUUCCCCAAGCCACCCACUUAGCAUCAUGUUUUGUUCAUACAUUCAUUUGGAUGUGUAACGUUUUGUGAAGCUGGAUGAAACAGUUUUAAAGAGCCACUUUUCAACAAAAUUCGCCUUUCGUGUUGUAAUGUUCCCAAAGGGGGCAAGGCAUUGGAUUACCCAGUCAGCAAAAGCCACUGGGUGAUUUCCUCAUGGCUUUUCUGCUGGAAAUGAGCUCUGUUUGAGUUCCAAGUUUCUCACUUUCCCGGUCUGAUACGGCUGCCCUAUUGAUGCGUAUAUGGGGAGGGCACAGUGAGGGCCUCCAUGUUUCUGAGAACCCAGGCCUCUUAAAAUUCACCAUCAAAAAAUUACAGUGUGUUCUUGUGGUCUGCAUGGACCAUACCAGGUGUGCGGGGGGGGGUCAUGCAGCCUUUCCAAUGCCAUCGUUUACAGAGCCACACCCAUAUUUCCACAUGUGGCAGUUUCCGAAAUAACAUAUUUCACUCGAGCUGCUGAACACAUGGUAUUUAGUGUUUACGCUUAACACCAUAUAUGCGUGAGAACGUGCGUAUAGGCGCACGUGCUACUGUACUUCAGGUGUAAACACUUGAGAGUGGUGGAUUUAAUACCUGGAUGAGUACUUGGAGUGGAAAUUGGAACUUGUCACGGGCUGCUCGAGUUUGACUCAAAAGUCAAAAAGUCAAAGUGAUUCCUGCUGAAAUAAGCAUCGAGCUAGUGCUCAUCUCCUGUGUACAUCCCUGAGCCGGUGUAGGAAAUUCCCCAUUCCUUCAGCAGGCUAGUCUCCAUAGAACGGCCUCUGUUGAUUCCCCCACAGUGGUGGAUAUUUUAUCGACCCCAGAGGGAUGAUGGGAUGAGUCAACCCACAACCAGGACUUGAACUCCAAACUAUCCGUUUGCAUUUCGAUUUAAAGCUUUCGUGACUCAUUUCUCAUCCGAGCCACUUUACUCGGCUGUCAUAAAAUUGGUUUCUGGCAUCGUGUCAACAUCAACUCUAUGGAGACAAAGGCAGGAGGGUAGGUGGUUUGCUGGCCAUACGACCCAAUUGCCGUAUUAUUCUGGCCUCAAUUUGCGUGCACAAUGCAGCACUUGCACCAGUUCGUUGCAGGCUUUGUGAAGUCUACAUGUACAGGAUUAAUGUUUAUACAGUACUGUACUUAGGAACUACACGCAUAUUUAGGAAGUGACGUCCGGUGUGCCUUAAGCUGGCCAAGCCAACGGAUGCUAAAUUUACAUUCACACUUUUUUUUGUUGUGGUCUCUUUCCUUGGCAUACCUAAGCCAGUAAGGCAACUUCAUAGCAAGUGCUGUGCAGUGCUUGCCUUGGUAAGACAGAUUAUAGCAAGUCACUGCAAAAUACACAAAUACGUUUUAUUUAUGCGCGCAAUGUCUCCCACACAUUGUGGAACCGUUUUAUUCAAGAAGGUUGUGCAUUUUCAUUAACACGAUAACAAAUCUGCCACACCGGUUUCCUCUAUUUUUGUUUGUCUCAAGCAAAGUGGGUGAGCGCGCGAGUCGAUGUGUGGCGUGUGCGUAAAAACUCCAGCCAGCGACGAGGACGUGAAAAAAAAUUGCGUAAAUUCCUGUCGCGCACGGUGAGACCGCCGCUCGCCACGCACAGCCGCGGGCCACCGAGAUCGCGGGCGGGGCGGGACCUGUGGUGGGGGGAACAUUGAGCCGAGAGCCCCCUCGAUCGUCACCAGUUCCUCGCUCGCCACGCAGCCUCGGACACAAACCUCGGUGCGCGCACACCGCCGCCGCCGCCUCCCGCCCUCCACCCCAGCCGUUUGCCGCUCGGCUAGAGACACCACCGCCUGCCUUUCACCCUGGCGAUGGUGGCUAAAGAUGCCACCGGCUGCUCUUCGGGAGCCAAGCGCUCUCUGGAUGCGCCGGACACGCAGCCGGUGCAGCUGCGCAAAGAGCCGGAGGAGCCGAGCAACAAGCGCGUCAGACCCCAAAGCCGCUCGUCCUUCGCCAGCCUCAUCUCGCCCAUGCGCUCGGCUGCACGGACGCUCGGAAAGCCCCUCCAGCGUUCUGCCAGCGUCCGGUUUGGGGAAGGCCCGAGCCAGCAGCCCUCUGCCGGCUCUCGCAGGCUCGCGGCCCGUGUCAGUGCAGAGGCCAGAGCUGGGCCUUCGGCCGCCAAGCGUCACGACGGGCGCCUCUGGUGCGAGACGUUCACGGACGCGGCCGCCUGCCAGCAGCUGAGUGGCCACGAGCUGAAGCGUCAGGAGGUCAUCUUCGAGCUAUUCCGUGGAGAGCAUGACCUCAUUAAAGACCUGCAAGUUGCCAAGAAGGCCUACCACGACCCCAUGCUGACCCUGGCCAUCAUGACAGAGGAGGAACUCGCGCAAAUCUUCGGCUCUCUUGACUCGUUCAUCCCUCUGCAUGAAGAUCUCGUGCGGCGGCUGGAUGGCGCUCGCCAGGGGGACGGCUCCAUUCACCACGUGGGACCUCUGCUGCUGGACUGGCUCCCCUGCCUCAGCGCCUACGUCGGCUACUGCGGGAACCAGCUGGCGGCCAAGGCGCUGCUUGACCGCAAGAAGCAGGACCCGCGGGUCCAGGACUUCCUGCAGCGGUGCCUCGAGUCGCCGUUCAGUCGCCGCCUGGAGCUGUGGAGCUUCCUGGACGUGCCGCGCUCGCGCCUCGUCAAGUACCCGCUGCUGCUGCGCGAGAUCCUGCGCCUCACGCCCAGCGAGCACGCGGAUGCCGCGCCGCUGACGCGCGCUCUGGACGUGAUGCAGGGCAUCCUGGGCGAGAUGAACACGCGGGCGGGGGAGUCGGAGUGCCGCCACUACAUCGGGCUGCUCGAGUAUGUGGACCCGCGGCACAGAGACCCCCUCAUCGCCGCCGCCCGCUCGCUCUGCUGCCACGGAGAGCUCCGUAACCACCGCGGGCAGAAGCUGCACGUGUUCCUGCUGGACGGGGUGCUGGUCAUCACGAGGCCCGGCUAUCGUAACGGAGCCCCCAGCUUCCAGGUGUACCGCCAGCCGGUCCCCACGGCGGAGCUCUGCGUGCAGGACCUGCCAGAUGGGACCUCCUUCAUCAGGGGCCCCUUUGGGCCGGCGGAGCGAGGCAAGCACGCGUUCCGCGUCGGCUUCUCCUCCGCGGCACGGGGCCGCAUGCACAACCUGCUUGCCGACGGCGCCUACAACAAGCAGCAGUGGCUCAGCUGCCUGCGCUCGGCGGCGACCCGUGCCACGCCAGCCUCUGUCGCCCCUCCCGCUCCGCCGACGAUGGCGGCGCCGCCGACGCUGACGAUGGCUCGGCUGCAGAGCUUCGAGGAUGACAGCGACAUGGAGCUGAGUUCGCAGGUCGGACGGGCCGGCUACGCCAGCUGCUCCGACAGCGAGUCGGACGCAGGCUCCACCAUGGACACGAGCGAGUGGGACAAGGAGGGCGAGUCCCGAUGGACGGAGGUGGACAGCGUGCCCGCGUUCUGGAAUGCGACGCGAUGCGAGGAUUUUGAUGAGCAGCCAUCCUCGGCCCCACACGGGGAGUAAAAUAAAUGUAGUUUUGUGUGUGUGUGUGUGUUUUUUUAUUGUAUAUUUCAGUCCAAGGGCGGUUAUCCGUUUUGUUUGGGCUGCGUAUUGGUUAUUUCUUCUCUCACGCGUUUGCCGCGCACUGCAACGGCGAAUCGUCUGGAGUUCAAUUGGAAAUGUGGAUAAUGAUGUGAAUCACGAUGACGUCUGAAACUCCUGAAGAUGCCCGUAAUAGUGCGUGGUGAAAGCCUCAGAGGAAAAAAUGUUCAACACGUCGCCCAAAACAAAACAUGGAUUACCAGCGGCUGCGAAAACAUGUGUUAAAUUGUAUUUUUCGGUGUUAUAUUUUUUACUUUCUCUAAGUUCAAGCCAAUAUAUUCCCAUACAAUUGCUUACUUAUGAUCGUAUCUUCAUGGGGUCAUUAUCAUCGUCACUGUUAUCGUAUCUCCAUACUUGACCCAAUUACCAUACUUUGUUGACUCAAGGAAAUGUUUAUGGCAGGCAGACGUUAUCUUGGCACGUACAGACGAAGCAAGCUUGUAGAAAGGGCCAAUUGUAAUAUUUCAAGUUGCAGCCUAAACGAACACGUUUCCUUUUCAUAUUGAGUCACUGCCAUUGACACCACUUGGAGCAUAGGUUUACAUGUGCACACAACCACACUGCAGCUCUUAUUUACUUUUAACACAGUCCAGGUAUUGCCAGCUAGUGCCCGGAUAAAUUGCAUGCUAGCUGGAUGUGGGGCAUUUGGGGCGGUGCCCAUUUUCAGUGUGAGAGUUCUGUGAACAGCAGUGCAGAGGUAAUGAGCUUUUAAAAUGUUUCCAAAUACCACUGUGCAUGGCAUCUGUUUGUAGGCAUGUUGGUUUCCACAGCUGAGCAAUACUCCUUUUAUUAUUUAUAUUUCGUAUAUGUUGGUAGUAUAAUUCAUUCAUUUUGUUCUGUUACAAACCAGUUGCCAUCCUCACUUGGAAAGAAAAUAUAAACGGAACUUUUGUCAAUUUUUUUGCGGCUCUCAGAAGACGCUUUUUCUUAAAACGUGUAUACAUUUUUUUUUAGGAUCAGUACACAAAUUGCUUGCGGUUAUUAAUGUUCGUCGUUUUCAGACGUGUCACCAAUGUAUGCACAGUAUUAUGUUGGAGUUAGCUUUCGGGACGUACUACGGUAUUCACGUAGCACGUCGUGGUUAUUGGUCGUUAUAGUCUCUGCAAUCCCAGUUAUUCCCGUGCAUGAUUCCUGGCACUGUACAUAUUGUGCUAGCUGGCCUAAGGAUUCCACAAGGUCGACCGUGUAUAAUCGGGGUAAAUAGUAGGGAUGAAUUUCAUAUUUUAAAAUGUCAGAUUUUAAAGGUUAAUUCAGACGUAGUUCGGAUCAAUCUAACAGUGUCUUUGUGCUCACAAAAGUCACAUCACCCGAUCAUGCUACCCUGACAGCACUUUUUGGAAGGAAAAUAACAGAUGUGAUGUCACUUCCUGUAACAUCACGCAGGUCGUAUAAAUGGGAAAAAAAAUAUGAUCAGAUUGUGUAAAAUGUCGUAUUUCCAGGCGCAAUUUUAGGAUUAUUUCUGGAAUAAUCUGAAAAUAGGGAACACGUUCCUGGCACAAAGUACUAUCUUGUGACGCAAGUGCUGAAAGCCAAAACAUCUGGGUGUGGGGGUAAUGCCUCCAACUCAGAUUGAACAUGUCAUACUGGCCACGUGUCGAGCUAGAUAACAGCGUUUGUGCCAACGGUUUAAUCGGGGUGAAAAUAAGCUAUUGUGUUGUAAUAUACUGUAUUAAAGCUUUUCUUCACUUUUAUAAUUCAAAUUUCAUCUAUGGUUGCACAGCUCCAAAUCGUUGAGCAGAAAAUAAAGUCUUCUUUUGUAAUCAAA